GUCUAUGGAAAUGCAAGAUCUAGCCAGUCCUCAUAAUCUUGUUGGAAGCAGUGAUGCACCAGGUAGUUCCAAACUGGAUAAACCUAAUCUCAGUAGUACAUCAGUUACAACAAAUGGAACAGGAGGAGACAACAUGACCGUGUUAAAUACUGCAGACUGGUUGCUGAGUUGCAAUACUCCUUCUUCUGCAACAAUGUCUCUUCUUGCAGUCAAAACAGAACCCAUGAACAGCAGUGAAACAACAACAACAACUGGAGAUGGAUCGCUUGACACUUUUACUGGGUCAGUAAUAACAAGUAGUGGCUACAGCCCAAGAUCAGCGCACCAGUACUCUCCACAGAUAUAUCCCUCCAAGCCCUAUCCACACAUUCUUUCUACACCAGCAGCUCAAACAAUGUCUGCCUAUGCGGGACAAACCCAGUAUUCAGGAAUGCAGCAACCAGCGGUCUAUACAGCCUACUCACAGACAGGACAGCCCUACAGCCUGCCCACUUACGAUUUGGGUGUAAUGUUGCCAGGCAUCAAGACAGAAAGUGGGCUCUCGCAGACCCAAUCACCACUGCAGAGCGGGUGCCUCAGUUACAGCCCAGGGUUUUCCACCCCACAGCCAGGCCAAACACCCUACUCUUAUCAGAUGCCAGGUUCUAGUUUUACACCAUCGUCCACUAUUUACGCAAACAAUUCUGUUUCAAAUUCUACAAACUUCAGUAGUUCACAACAGGAUUAUCCAUCAUAUACAGCUUUUGGCCAAAAUCAAUAUGCACAGUAUUACUCAGCAUCAACAUAUGGUGCAUAUAUGACCUCAAACAACACAGCUGAUGGCACUUCAUCGUCAUCAACCUACCAGUUACAGGACUCUCUCUCUGGCCUGACUGGUCAACCAGGUACAGAUCUACAUUCAG